AUGUUCAACUUCGCCCCGGCCCCGGCCCCCGGACCGACGGAUGCGGAAAAAGAGGCCGAGCUCAACAAACUCCGCCACCGCCGCCUGGCCACCACCCUCGGCCUCUUCCUCCUCCUCCUCUCCCUCAUCCUCGUCCUCUGGCUCCUCCUCCUCCCCUCCAAGCCCUCCUUCACCCUCCAAGACGCCACCGUCUUCGCCUUCAACCUCUCGUCCGCCAACGCCCUCACCACCACCGCGCAGGUCACCCUCUCCGCCCGCAACUCCAACGCCCGCAUCGGCAUCUUCUACGACACCCUCGAGUUCUGCGCCGUCUACCGCGGCCAGCAGAUCACCGCCCCCGCGCAGCUCCCGCCGGCCUACCAGGGCCGGAAAGAGUCCGCCGUGUGGUCGCCGUUUCUGUACGGCGAGGCCGUGCCGCUGGCGCCGGAGAUCGGCGUGGCGCUCGGGCAGGACCUGGUUGCGGGGACGCCGACGGUUGAUAUGGUGGUUCGGAGCAAGAUUAGGUGGAAGGUGGGGACGUUUGUCUCCGGCGGGUACCAUUUGUAUGUGAAUUGUCCCGCGGUUAUGAACUCCGGCGGCCGGAGAAGCGGGAUUGGCGGCGGAGAGGCGGCGAUUACGUAUCAGUUUUUUGUGAGUUGUCGUGUUGAUGUGUGAGGG